AUGAUUUUGGAGGCCGCGCACAAGCGUUACUAUUAUGUAAUAGUGCUAUUAUGUACAAUAGCCAUAGAGGUGUCCCCCUACAGGGAACCUAUAGUCGGCUGCAGCCUGCCCAACGAGGACAUCGCCGGCUUCAUGAGCCGCCCAGGAGAUAUCGUAAUAGGGGGGACCUUCCCAGUUCAUUUUAAUAUCAUCUACAGGGAUCUUCAUUUCACCAGCAAGCCUGGGGGGCCUCAGUGCCAGAUGAUCUCUUCAGAGUUUUACCUAAGCCUCCGGGCCCUCAUAUUUGCCAUUGAGGAGAUUAAUGCCGACCCAGAGGUCCUGCCCAACGUUACACUGGGCUUCCAUAUCUUUGACACAUGUAAAACAUUACGGCGAGCGGCACAGGGAACGCUAUUAAUGCUCUCGGGAGGAAAGGAAAUCACCCCAAACUAUCAUUGUUAUAAAGGGCCCCCUCUUGCUGGCGUCAUUGGCGAUCCUGCCUCCAGACGUUCCAUUCUUAUGGCCCAAAUCUUGGGACUGUACCGAUACCCACAGGUAAGUUAUUUGGCAACCAGCCCAAUCCUCAGCGACCGGAACCUGUUCCCUUCCUUUUUCCGUACCGUACCUAGUGAUGAGUUCCAGAUGAGAGGUCUUGCUCAGCUGAUCUCUCAUUUUGGUUGGUCUUGGUUUGGACUCCUGGCUAAUGAUGAUGAUUAUGGACAAUUCGGGCUUCAGAUAGUAAAGCAGGAGAUCAUGAAGGCCGGAGCUUGCGUGGCCUUUGCUGAGAAUAUAUUGACCAGUAAGCCUGACAGGAACGCCCCGUAUCUUGCCCGGGUGAUAAAGACUUCAACUGCAAAGGUCGUGGUUGUGAUAACUUCUGAUUCAGAUUUCCUGAUCAUGGUGGAAGAGUUGUUGAGGCAGAAUGUGACUGGAAACACUUGGAUAGCCAGUGACGCUUGGGCAACUUCAACGUUACUUUCUAAUAAGAGAUUCAAUGGUAUUUUGUCUGGUACUGUUGGUUUUGCCAUCUAUCACGGGCAGAUGCCGCAGUUCAACGAGUAUCUCAACAGCCUCAGCCCUUCCCAAGACCUUCAUGAUUCAUUCCUGAAGGAAUUGUGGGAGCAAUCUUUCUCUUGCAGAUGGCUUGAUCAAGAGAAUGUCCAUGCCUUGGCUUUCAAUGGAACACUGAGACUUCUCCAUUACGUCAAACAUGUAAACUUUCAGACCAAAGACGGGAGACGAGUCUUCUUUGAUGCCAAAGGGAACCCUCCAGCUAUGUAUGACAUUGUAAACUGGCAUGUUCCUCUAUCCAAGUGCAGCCCAAGUUGUCCUUCAGGAUUUAGGAAGGUGAUUGUACCAGGGAAACCCCUUUGUUGCUAUGAGUGUGCCCGGUGUCCCCAGGGGCAGUUUUCAAAUGAGACCGAUGCUGCGGAAUGUCAUCCAUGUUCUUGGGACACGUGGCCCAAUCUACAGCAGGACAGAUGCCUACCAAGGCCUAUAGAGUUCCUUUCCUAUGGAGAUCCUUUGGGUUACAGCUUAGCAGUCAUCUCCAGCUUCUCUUCUUUAACCCCAAUUACUAUAUUGGGAGUUUUUAUUCGUUAUAAUAAAACACCAAUAGUCCGAGCCAACAACUACUCCCUUAGCUGCCUUCUCCUGCUUUCCCUGUUCCUCUGUUUCCUUUGCUCUUUAGGGUUCAUUGGUUACCCACAGCCUGAAAAGUGCCUUCUGCGCCAGGUGGCAUUUGGGAUGGUUUUUGCCCUCUGCAUCUCCUGUGUUCUGGCCAAAACCAUCACUGUUGUCAUUGCCUUUAAUGCAACCAAACCCAGCAGCAGGUUAAGGAAGUGGACAGGGGUGAAGGUCUCCUACUGUGUCAUUGGGUUUUGUAUCUUUGUUCAGAUAACUGACUGUGCACUUUGGCUGAUCUUCUCUCCUCCCUUCCAUGAACUUGACACUGACACACAACCUGGUGUGAUCAUAGCUAACUGCAAUGAAGGGUCACCCACGGCUUUCUGGUGCAUGCUGGGAUACCUUGGACUCUUGGCCACCAUCAGUUUCAUUGUUGCCUUCCUGGCCAGACGCCUCCCUGACAGUUUCAAUGAAGCCAAAUUGAUCACAUUCAGUAUGUUGGCUUUCCUCAGUGUGUGGGUGUCCUUUAUCCCAGCCUAUCUCAGUGCCCGGGGCAUGUAUACUGUGGCAAUGGAGGUCUUUGCCAUCCUGUCUUCCAGUUGGGCUUUGGUGGUCUGCAUAUUCAUGCCAAAAUGUUACAUUGUUUUGUUCAGGCCCAACCUGAACUCCAGAGAACAUCUCAUGGGGAAAGGUAGAGGUCAAAAAUAA